AUGUCGCUCUCGAUUACGCCACUAGUGUGUCCAGCUGCUGUUACCUUCAAAAGCGAUCCGGCUGGCGAGGCAGUGUUUACCCUGGCAUUUUGUAUGAGUGGACAUGAGCAAAAACAGGUAGAACGUAACUAUCUUGCGAAGAUGUUCCCCCGAUACUCUGUCGAAGAGGUCAACGAGCGGAUUUGGAUGUGUUCUCAGAGAUCGCGACGGGGUGAGCUCGUAAAACAAUGUUUGCGCGAUCAGCAGCUCCCCUCACAAGGAGAAAAGAGCACAAACUGUGUUGAAGCUGGCGCUCACGAUCGAACGGAUGCUUAA